CGAGUAGUCAGAAGAGAUGUAAUCUGAUAGAGGAUUUGUUCGCUAGAGACUUGCAUACAAGUAGGCAGAUAUGCAUGUAUUUCCUCAUUUUGUGUAAGGCAUAUCGGUGGAAAAAUAGACGAAUUCUGGAAGUUAGAGGAGAAAGAACAGUGCUGCAUGUUGCAAAGCUGAAGAACAAGGGUAGAACAAAGCGGAAUUCGUGCCUCUCUCUUUUGCUUUCAUUGAAAUGCGCAUUAGUGACAAUGCCAAAUAUCCCAUCACUGGAACGUGCAAUGAUCCAUCUGGCCCAUCUCGGUGAUCGUGGCACAUCCGUCACUGCUGUCAGGCGAUUCGACAACAAACGCCAUCCACUCCAGAAGAGAGAUAUAAUUGGUAAAAAAAAGUGGAGAAAAGAAGAGAAGAGAAGAGGAACGCAUAUUUCUCAACAGCCAAGAAUACUUUGUCAAAUAUAUUUGCUUCAAAUCGAUGGAAUGCACCAGUAUUAAGGAUGUUUUUGGCGAACUCUACAGAAAAAAGUUUCUGCAACAAUGCAAUCGAGAUGACUCAUCGUUGCAUGUUAAAGUAUAAAAAAAAGAGAUAAUAUU